AUGGCUGUAGGAACCGUUCUGAUUACCGGUGGCACUGGCUACAUUGGAUCCUUCACCACGCUUGCCCUGCUUGAGCAUGGUUACGAGGUCAUCAUUGUAGACAACCUAUACAAUUCGUCCGAGGUUGCUCUCGACCGCAUCGAGCUCAUUUCCGGCAAGAGACCAACUUUCUACAAGGUUGACCUUACAGAGCAGGAUGAGCUCGACAAAGUCUUCGCUGCUCAUCCCCAAAUCGACAGCGUCAUUCACUUUGCCGCGCUCAAGGCUGUCGGCGAAUCUGCCGAGAUCCCUCUCGAGUAUUACCGCGUAAACGUUGGUGGUACUAUCUCCCUCUUAGGUUCCAUGAAGAAGCAUGAUGUUACCAACAUAGUGUUUUCCUCCUCAGCAACGGUCUACGGUGACGCGACUCGUUUCGAGAACAUGAUUCCCAUCCCCGAGCACUGCCCUAUUGGGCCUACAAAUACUUACGGAAGAACUAAGGCCAUUGUCGAGAACAUAAUCGAGGACUUUAUCGGUGCGCAGCGCCAAAACUUGAAGAAGGCCGACAAGCCGUUUGAGCAAUGGAAUGGCGCCAACCUGCGGUACUUCAACCCGUGCGGUGCACACCCCACCGGUAUUAUGGGCGAGGAUCCUCAAGGCGUACCAUAUAACCUACUGCCGUUGCUGGGCAAAGUUGCGACUGGUGAUCGACCGAAAAUUCUGGUCUUCGGAGAUGACUAUCCAUCCCGAGACGGAACUGCCAUCCGCGACUACAUCCACGUCGUCGAUCUUGCAAGGGGUCAUUUAGUUGCGUUAAACUAUCUUCGUGAACACAAGCCCGGCGUCAAGGCAUGGAACCUGGGUUCUGGCAGAGGUAGCACGGUUUUCGAGAUCAUCAAGGCAUUCAGCAAGGUUGUCGGUCGCGACCUACCAUAUGAGGUAGUGCCACGAAGACAGGGUGAUGUGCUAGAUCUUACUGCCAACCCGACGCGGGCGAACGAGGAACUGCAGUGGAAGACAGAGCUCACCAUGGAGAAGGCAUGCGAGGAUCUAUGGAGAUGGGUGUCGAACAACCCGAAGGGAUACCGACAGGAGCCUCCAGCCGAGCUGCUAGCCGGCGUCAAGGGUAAGACCUCUUGA